AUGACAGAGACAUCAGAAAGUGAGGAAGAAAAUAUCACAUGUGUUCAAAAUAAAAUAACUCCCAGAACUGAACUGGUCAAACACCGUUCCAAUAUUAAGGAAAUACUCGAAAAUUCAAACGCCACACCUAUAAGACGCUACGGAGGCAUUGGUUACACCUGCUGCUACUGUGAGGAGCAGUACAUAAACCCUGCAGAUCUAAAAAAACAUACAUUAGAGAGUCACGAUGAUCUAUCACAAGCUAAUUUUAUGAAGAACAUGAAUAUGUCUGAAUAUGUUGUAAAACUUGAUGUGACUGCGCUUAAAUGUAAACUAUGUCAAAUGGACAUCGAUACGCUAGACAACUUCGUAGAGCAUUUAAAAAGCAAACACGGGAAAUGCUUAUUUAUGGACGUCAAAACCCACAUAUUUCCAUUGAAAUUUGACGGUGACAUACUCAACUGUACGAAUUGUUCAAACUCUUUCAACAAAUUUAGAAUGUUAGUCAGACAUAUGCACAUUCACUACCGUAAUUUUAUCUGUACUAUUUGCGAUGCAGGCUUCGUUAAUCGUAACGCGUUAGCCCAACAUUCUGAGAAUCAUAGAGUUGGAGAAUACACUUGUGAUUAUUGUCCCAAGGUCUACACUACCCAAGUGAAGAAACGGCUUCAUGAAAGAACUGCCCACACACAUACGAACACAAUGAACAAAUGUAGUUACUGUACAGAAACAUUUAAAGACUACAGGAAGAGAGAAGCUCACCUGGAAACCAUACACGGCAUUAAAUCUGUAAUUGCAAAGUGUCAGGCGUGUGAUAAAGUUUUUACCAAUAGGAAGUUGCUAAACAUUCACGUUAAAAGAGAUCAUUUGAUGGAAAGACCACAUAAGUGUUCCGAAUGUGACAUGAAGUUCUUUUCGACCACGGGCCUGAAAAACCACAUGGUGAAACAUACAGGAUCCAGGGCAUAUCAUUGCAGUAUUUGUCUUAAGUCUUAUGGCAGAAAGAAGACGUUAAAUUCUCACAUGCGUAUACAUGAAAAAGAAAGAUUUAAGUGUGGUCCUAAAGCAGACACUCGUAAAGUUAAAGCUGAAGAGAAAUCUAUCCGUAACAUUAAAAACAAUGAAGGAACUACAAGAUUCAAAACAGAUUUUGUCAAGGCGAGAGAAAAAAAAGUAAUAUAUCAACCUGAACCCAAAAAUUAUGAAUUACAAAAGCAUCGAACUAAUAUAAGAGAAGUGAUACUCUGGUCAAACGCGACCCCCAUCCGACGUUACGGAGGCAUGGGCUAUAUGUGUUGCUACUGCAAUAAUCAUUACCUAGAACCUACAGAUUUGAAAAAUCAUACAUUAGAAACACACCAAGAUGUCCAAAAAGCGUGUUUUAUGGUCAAAGUUAGCAUGGACCAGUUCGUCAUAAGAUUAGACAUUACGUUGCUGCGAUGUAAGAUAUGUGAUAUAGAUCUAGACACACUGGAACAUCUUAUGGACCAUUUGAAGGUUGACCAUGAAAAAACUAUUUAUACCGAUAUAAAAAACCACAUAAUUCCGUUCAAGUUUGAUACAGAAAUUCUUCGUUGUUGCAUUUGCAUGAACCCUUUUAGUAAAUUCAAAAUACUACUCGAACACAUGAGUCUACACUAUAGAAAUUAUAUAUGUGAUGUCUGUGAUGUAGGUUUCAUAACUUCACAAGGCCUCAAAUGCCAUAAGCUCAUUCAUAAAACUGGUACAUUCAAAUGUGAUCACUGCUCUUUAGUUUUCGACACUAACGUUAAAAGGAACGCACAUGUUCGAACAAUGCAUUCGUCAAAACCUGUUGCAAAAUGUUUGUAUUGUAAUGAGGUCUUUAAAGAUUAUAGAAAAAAAGAGGCACAUUUAGUAAUGAUGCACGGUUUGAAAGUACCUACUCCUAAGUGUCAAGCGUGUGAAAAAGUAUUUAAGAAUAGAAAAGUAUUGAGUCUUCAUAUAAAGAGAGAUCACUUACUGGAUCGACGCCAUAAAUGCUUAGAAUGCGGCAUGGGCUUCUUCCAGUCCACGGAACUAAAAGACCAUAUGAUAAAGCAUACAGGACUAAGAUCUUUUACUUGCACUGUCUGCUUAAAAGCCUUCUGUAGGGCAAAGACACUGAAGGAGCAUAUGAAAAUACAUGAUGAUGUAAGAAGAUUUAAGUGUGAACACUGUGGUCAGGCGUUUGUUCAGAAGUGUAGUUGGAGAAUUCAUAUGAGGUCUAAACAUGGAGAAAUUGUGUAA